GGGGCGCUGGGGAUAGGCUCCGCCUCUGCUGUGGGUGGGGUGGGAGGCACAGCAGACCCCGGGCCCUGAGCUACUGGUGUGGAGAGGCUUGCAGGAUACUGGCAUUUGGCUAGUAGUGUCCGCGUGGCUGGUAGCAUCCUCUGGAUGCACUGCAGGAGAUGGGGAAGCAGGCUUUGGAGCUGAGGUACACUGAGGAUUUCAGGUCUCCAGCAGUGACCCUGUCAUGAUUUGCUGCAAACCCUGGCAGCCCUUCCAUUCUACUCAAGGAAUCUCAGGUCCUCUUCCAGCUCCUUGGCCAGUGGCCUUGGUGGCACUCUACCUCCGUGGUCAGCCCAGAGCCUCUCCUGCCCAUGCAGUAUCCAGCAGCCACUGUUGAGGGCCUUAGUGGCCCGCUGUCCGGGUCUUACACGCUCCCCACCUUCAAGUUCCAGCCUCGUCGUGAGAGCAUAGACUGGAGGCGCAUCAGCGCUGUAGACGUGGACCGUGUGGCUCGGGAGCUGGACGUCGCUACUCUGCAGGAGAACAUUGCUGGUGUCACCUUCUGUAAUUUGGAUCGAGAGGUGUGCACCCACUGCAGGCAGCCCGUGGACCCAGUGCUGCUCAAGGUGCUGCGCCUGGCACAGCUCAUCAUCGAGUAUCUGCUUCACUGUCAGGACUGCCUGAGUACCAGUGUGGCGCAGCUGGAAACACGGCUGCAGGCCAGCCUGGGCCAGCAGCAGCGUGGCCAGCAGGAGCUGGGGCGCCAGGCUGAUGAGCUCAAGGGUGUUCGGGAGGAGAGCCGGCGCCGGCGAAAGAUGAUCAGCACCCUACAGCAGCUGCUUCUGCAGACGGGUGCCCACAGCUACCACACGUGCCAUUUGUGUGAUAAGACGUUCAUGAAUGCCACCUUUCUCCGGGGCCACAUCCAGCGCAGGCAUGCAGGCACGGCAGAAGUCGGAAAACAGAAGCAGGAGCAGCCACUGGGCGAGGUGCUAGAAGAGCUUCGGGCCAAGCUGCAGUGGACCCAGGGGGAGCUGGAGGCCCAGAGAGAGGCUGAGCGGCAGCGGCAGGUCCAGGAAGUAGAGAUGAUGCGUCAGAGGGAAAUAGAAGCUAAAAACAAGUUUGAUGAAUGGAAAGAAAAAGAACGAAGCAAGCUGUAUGGGGAAAUAGACAAGUUGAAACAAUUAUUUUGGGAUGAAUUUAAAACUGUUGCCAACCAGAACUCUACGCUGGAAGAGAAGCUGAAGGUGCUGCAAUCCUACAGUAUGACCGAGUCCCACCUUGGGUCUCUGCGGGAUGAGGAGUCAGAGGAGCGACUGAAGCAGGCCCAGGAGCUCCAGGCCCUUCGAGAGAAGAUAGAAGUUCAGAAAACAGAAUGGAAGAGAAAAAUGAAGGCACUCCAUGAAGAGCGGGCAGCUGAGAGGAGAGAGAUGCAGGAGGAGAAUGAGAGGCUCCAUGCCACCCUGUCUCAGGACCAGAAGAAGGCAGCUGCCCAGUCACAACGCCAUAUCAAUGCCCUCCGUGCCCAACUUCAAGAACAAGCCAAGCUUAUCGCAUCUCAGGAGGAGACGAUCCAGACAUUGUCCCUCAGGAAGGUGGAGGAAGUCCAAGAGGUGCCAAAGGCUGUGGACACAGAGGAGAGCUCUUCUGAGGAAGAGCUGCGGAGCUCCCAUGAUGAGCAGUGGAAGGUGUUGGCAGCUCUGAGGCAAAACCCCGCUUGGCUGAAGCAGUUCCGGCCCAUCCUGGAGGACACCCUGGAAGAGAAGCUGGAAGGCAUGGGGAUAAAGAGGAACACAAAGGGAAUUCCAGCUCAGACUCUCCGACGUCUGGAGUCCCUGCUGAGGACCCAACGGGAGCAGACAGCCCGAAGCUUUCGUGAAUUUCUGAGUCUGAGGGAGAAACUCAAUAAGGAAGUGACCAGCAGAGUGAAAAAGAGAUGGGAGAGUCCAGGUGUGGUGUCCCAGCCUGAGGGCCAGCCUCAAGUCAAAAGCCAGCGGACCACACUGGCCACAAGAGAGGCCCGGCCAAAGACCAGACCCCUGAACAUGAUGCUGCCACCCAAGCCAGCAGAGCCUUCCACGUCUACUCUUCGGAGUCACAGCAACCAUGGCCCUGGAUUCACCCAGGUGUCCACCCCUAUUCCACGCCCCAGAGUGCAUGGACCCUCCAGUACCCCUGUUUCCCCUGGGCCUGGGAUGAGCAGCACCUCCCCUUUUAGUUCUGAAGAGGAGCCAGAGGAAGACGUUGUGCAACGUGUGUCUCUCCAGCCCCCUAAAGUUCUUCCCAGGUCUGCACCCCAGCCGGAGAACACCUGGGGCUGGUCUGACUCUGAUACCUCCGAGGAGAAUUUCCAGCCCCUUGGCAAGGGCUCGGGUGGGCUGGCUUCCUCAGGAACACUGGUGCAGUCGAUGGUCAAAAACCUCGAGAAGCAGCUUGAAACUCCAGCAAAGAAGCCCUCUGGAGGGGUCAGUGUGUUCUUAAGGCCCAACACUGCCCUUCAGAAGUCUUCCACUCCUGCAAGGAAGUCUCAGCUUUCUGAGGAUGAGAGUGACUUGGAGAUCUCAUCCUUGGAAGAUCUCUCCCAGGACCUGGACCAAAGAGGAAAGCCAAAGCCCUUGUCCCACUCAAAGCCCCCAGAAAAGUUGGAUGCCAGCCCUUGGAGCUCUGGGCGACCCAGGGUUCCUGGUUGGUGAUUCUGCCUGUGGUUGCCAGAGGGCUUAGACUUGUUGCCUGGCUGGGUUCACCCCAACGGAAGAGGCUGUUAGGACUCUUGCUCCCACCAGCAGUCAAGAAGCCUUUCUCAUGAGGAGAAGCAGAGCAGGAGCCAGACAGGACCUCAACCCAUUCUCCCUGAAGGACUGCUACCUCAGAGGGCUGGGUCCUGCUGCUGUCCCAAGAGGCUGGGUCCUGGAGUGGUGUCUUGUGUAAACGAGAGAAGGGUUGUAACAGACUCUCCAAGUGUUUCUUCCAUGAUUCCCGUGCCCAGCCCAGACUUAAAGGAGUUGCUAUUUAGAAGCCUUUUGUAAUCAGCAGGCCACCAUGGAGAUGGGUCCUGAGUCAGUUACCAGUUACUCUAUUCUGUGCUGGACUUUUACUACUGAGUUGGGGUGCAGACAGAGGUAGGCAGUGUGAAGUGUCUGCUGCUAGGGCCAAGUGUCGUAAUCUAGUGCUGGACAUCCGAGUGUUGGGGGAGCAUGGGAGAGGUUGUCUAUCAUAAUUUAGUUCCUGUUGCUGUGGUAAAACACUGAGCAAGAGCAACUUAGAGGAGGAAAGGCUUUGAUGGGUUUACAGUCCCAGGUCACAGCCCAUCACCGAGGGAGGCAAAGGCUGGAACCUGAAGGUAGGCCUGUUUGCUGUUCCACACAGCAUUACCUCUGACCGAGGAACUCACUUCACGGCCAAAGAAACACAGCAGGGCCCAUGGCGGGUACUGCUUGCUAACUGGGUCACAGCUGUUGACACUCAACUAGCUUAUUUAUAUAGUUCAGGACCUGCUUGCUCACAGUGGGCUGGGUUUUCCUAUGUCCAUGAACAAUCAGGACAAUUCCUCACAGACAUUGUCCUCAAAGCAUUUCCUCCACCGGAGCUCUCCUCUUGGACAGUUCUCAGUUAUGACACAUUGAUAUUGAGAACUAACCAGGACACCAUUCAACCCAGACCAGGACCAUCUUGGAGAAGUUCCCAGAGUUGUGACACUUGGUGGAGCUUGUUCAUGGGCAAGAAUAAUUUGGACAAAGCCUCUUGUCCUAAUAGAAUCAUCAAUUUAGUUCUGAUAUUGAGUUUUUAUAUAUAAUUUUUUUUAACAUGACUGACCUUUUUUCUUUGGUGGGGGAGUUGAGUUUUUUCCAGUCAGGGUUUCUCUGUGUAGUCCUGGCUGUCCUGGAACUCUCUCAAUAGAGCGGGCUGGCCUUGAACUCAGUGAUCUGCUUGCCUCUGUCUCCUAAGUGCUGAGAUUAAAGGUUUGCAUGGUGGCACAUGGCUUAGAC